UUUUGUAGAAUUUAUUAGUUUUCUUCUGUGAACAGUAUUUUAAUAUAUUUAAACAACGAUAAUCUCAUUUAUGUCUUAUACAUUAAAAAAUAAAAAUUAGACUUUUAGUUUAUGAUCGAAUUUCUAAAUCCUAUAAUCUGAUCACAAAUUACAAAGAUAUUCUUCAAAUAAUGUGAUUUCUACUAUAAAUGGUAAUAUUGUAGUUUGUUGACCUAUUGAGUUAUCUGUAAACGCCACGAAAAAUUAUUCAAUUAAGGUGAUAUAUAGUAACGUAAUGCCAACAGCAAAGAUAUCGGUACGUGAAGAAGAUAUUAUCAGAUUAACCUUAGAGUUCCUGUAUAAUCGCGAGUUACACAUUUCUCAGCUUAGUGUUGAACGUGAAACGGGUGUAAUAAAUGGAAGUUAUUCAGACGAUGCAUUAUUUUUACGUCAACUGAUCUUGGACGGGCAGUGGGAUGAUGUACUCGAAUUUAUUCAACCACUAGAAGCAAUACCACAUUUUCCGACUGAUAAAUUCAGGUAUUGUAUUUUACGUCACAAAUAUGCCGAGUUGAUAUGUAUGAAAUCAGAGGCAUCAGUUAUCGGAAGUGUAGAUACCGCAGUUGAAGAAGUGGUUAAAGUACUGAAUGAAUUAGAGAAAGUUUGCCCAACUAAAGAAGAGUACUCUAAUUUAUGUUUAAUGUUAACUUUACCUCGGCUCUCUGAUAAUUUGGGGUACAAAGACUGGAACCCUAGUACAGCUAGAGUACAAUGUUUUCAACAAGUUUUUCCUCUUGUAAUGAAAUUUUUGCCUUGUGAUAAAAAACCUGUUAUUCCGGAUUCGACCAAUGACAGGCUAAUUCAACUAAUAAUUAAAGGAAUCUUAUAUGAGUCGUGUUGUAAUUUUUGUAAAUCAAAAGCUGUCGGAAAUAAACAACCUUUUAGUUUAAAUAUUUUAAAUUUUUCACAUAUAUUCAAUAGUUCAAAUAGUUAUAAAGAUACAGAUCUUAGCCUGAUGUCGUGGCUUCAAAGCAUUCCAGCUGAAACUUUUGUUGUGCCUUUCGAACAAAAAACAUUAAAUGUUGAACUCGAACAAUUAGAGAGACCAUCACUUGAAACGUCUUGGACAGAACACAUGCUCGUUACACCAAUAAAACCUAAGCAGUUCCCUCAUUCUGCUAUGCCAUUCACCAGGCCCCGAUCAGCCGCUGAUAUAAUGUCUCGCUCCCUGUUGCCAAAUUUGGAUCAAACUACUUCCUCAUCUCUUAUCUCAUCCGUUGGAGUAUCUAAUAUAUCUUCCAAUCUUGUUAAAUCUUCAUUUGCUAGUUUUCACCUUACAGGACUGAAAAGUAAUUCAGCAAUGACUAGUUCGGUAGAUAAAUUGUUUGAGAGCGAAAUGUUUGCUAAUAAUAUAAAUAGCGAUUUACCAUCUAUUACUGAAGUUGUAACACCCGUUAAGGAAAAUAAAAAAAACUCAUUAGAAUUGUCGUCUCCUGAACCAAGUAGAUCGUCUAAUUCUACAACAGCGUCCAAUACAACACGUUCUUCUAGACUCGACUCUUUGAAUGAUCGAUAUCAACAGUUGUCUAUUAAUCAAUCGAAUUUAAGUUUUGAUGCACAAAAUAGUCAAGGUGACCUUUACAAAGAGUAUCAGAAACAAAAACAGAGAUAUCAUGAUGCUCUACAAGAUCAAGAAAAAGAGCGUUUCGAGUUAAUUCAGCAGUUGCGAAAUACUGAGUCAAAACUUCAAGAAGAAAAUAAGGCACUUCCUAAUAAAACCCUUUUACGGGAUACUGAUACAUUUAUGAAGCCAAAUACAAUCCAGCAAACCGUACCAAUCAAAGUUAAUGUACUAAACGGUAACGAAAAAUUUCAGCAACCUACGGCAAAUAAAACUACCAACAACGGUGACGUUACAGACUCGUACAACAAUGACCAGAGUGGCAAACCAAAAUUCAUAGCAGUCACCAGGCUCGAAGACGUUCAAGCUGUGCGGUGUGCCGAGUUUCAUCCGCACGGUUCCAUAUAUGCCGUCGGAUCCAAUUCCAAGACACUGCGUAUAUGCGCUUACCCAAAAGUUACAGAUAUCAGAGAAAAUCAUGUUGUCCAACAACCAACAGUUUUGUUCAAACGUACCAGACAUCACAAGGGCUCAAUAUACUGUAUGUCGUGGACACCAGACGGCUCGUUGAUAGCCACUGGCAGUAAUGAUAAAACAGUCAAGUUGAUGAGGUUCAAUGCUGAAACUUCGAAUUUGGAAGGUCAAGAGAUUGAAUUGACAAUGCACGACGGUACCGUUAGGGAUGUUUGUUUCAUUGAGGAUACCAUCAACAGAAGUAGUUUGUUAAUUAGCGGUGGCGCUGGAGAUUGUAAGAUAUACGUUACCGACUGUGAGACUGGACAACCUUAUCAGUCGCUCAGUGGCCAUUCUGGACAUAUUUUAUCGUUGUAUAAUUGGGGAGGAGCUAUGUUCGUAAGUGGAAGUCAUGAUAGAACUAUAAGAUUUUGGGACUUGCGAACAAGAGGUUGUGUAAAUGUUGUGACACCAAAUACGUCGGCUGCCAGUCGUGGUUCUCCAGUAGCAGCUGUUUGUGUAGAACCAUCAGGUCGUCUGUUGGUUACUGGUCACGAGGACUCGGCAUGUGUAUUGUAUGAUAUCCGAGGAUCGAGGAGUCUUCAAUGUUUUAAACCACAUUCAGCAGACGUUCGGUCAUUGCGCUUUUCACCCAGUGCUUAUUACUUGCUAACAGGAGGAUACGACAAUAAAUUAGUACUCACAGAUCUACAAGGCGAUUUAACUACCUCUUUGCCCAGUGUAGUAGUCGCACAACACCAAGACAAAGUGAUAUCUGGCCGAUGGCAUCCAACUGAUUUUUCGUUUUUGAGUACUAGCGCUGAUAAGACAACCACAUUGUGGGCUUUACCACCGUACAAAUAAUAUUUAAUAAUCAUAACCAACGAUAUUUGUCAUACAUACAUAAUAUAUAAUUGCUUGCUGCUGAAUAUAAGCUUUUUACAGAACGAUUAUAUUUUAAAAAUAUAUCUAAAAAAAACACCCUAUUAUUAUUUAUUUUUGCUAACAUAUCAAGCUAACAAUUUAAUUAUUAACCUGCAGAGUGCGUUUUGAAAUUUUAUGAUCCGUUUUUAAUUUUUAUUAUUAUCUAUAUAUUAUAUAUAUGUACGCGUAAUUUGUUCUGUAAUUUUUGUUGCUUUUUUUCUAAUUCUACCAAAUGUUUUUGUUAAUGAUAUUUUAUUUUAUAAUGUUUAAUAAUAAAGUAUGUGCCUAAAUGA